UUGACGUUUGUUUAUUUCUCAAGUGGUUUUUUGUACCUAAUUUUAAAGUGUUUCGUGUUGCAUUCUUUCUAAAAGUUUUGUUGGAGUUUUUUUGGCUUUAUUAAGUUGUUGUGUAAUUGGUGUUGUAGCGACGACAAGCCAAUUUACGAGUUAUCGAAUUUCAAGUGUAGUACCUACUAAGAAAGUUCACACCACAGGUUCACACGGUAACCCGUAUAUAAACAGUUUGUGCGCUAUGCAUUGACUUUGUACGGGCUUGUCGGGACGCGGGUUGGUCGCAUAGGUUGAAUAUUAAUUACAUACGGAUAAAUAUAUGUAGUUAACGAAAUAUAUUAAUAUAACCUGUGCCUAGUUAUUUCAUUCUUUCAUUACACCCGCAUAUAACAAGCCCCUACAGUGUUAAACGUGUUGCAUAAAUUAUUUAAAGGAGAAAACUGCAAAAAUAACAACUAUGAGCUCCUCGGAAAGGUCGUCUCAUCCCUCCCGUGCCCAAGUAGAGUAUCUAGUCGACUAUCUUGGCAAACAUCCUAGCUUAGCCAAGGGUUUUUCAAAAGUCCCGAGCGCUAGAGACGAAGCUAGAAAAACAUGGGAGGAGUUGACUAUUAAAUUAAAUAGCUUGGGAGGCUGCACUAAAACAUGGAAACAGUGGACAAAGUAUUGGUCUGACAAAAAGAGUGCCGUGAAGAAAAAAGCUGCCCUACGAUACCGGGCACGCAAUAAGACUGGUGGUGGAUGUGAAUCGGUGGUGGAGCUUUCAGAGGUGGAGGAGAAAAUACCUACAUUAAUGGGCGGGGAAGGUUUUGCAAUUGGUGAUAGGCAUUUGGAAAUUAAUCCAUUUGAAGAAAUCCCCGUCCUUACUGAUGCCAACGAAAGCCCCACAUUGCUGACUUCAUCUAUGAUAAAUGAAACCACAACUAUUGAAUACCAAGUCUUGGAUGAGACUGCUAUAAAUACGGAAAAUGUUAGUAUGGCAGAUACUGAGAGACCUCAACUAAUUCAGCAAUAUGUUGACUGUAUCCUGAAUCCCGAACCUUCCCCUGCUCAUACACCACCGAGAGCGGAGGUAACGAGCCCUCUGCAAGCAGUUACCCCCUCUGGCUCAGGCAACUUUCCUGCUCGACGUCAAUUGAACGUCGCGGGUCCAUCACCACGUCGUAACACAAGGUCAUCGAGUCUUCCACAACAACGGCAAAGAAGACGAUCACCUCCAUCACAAAGGCGGCAAUCUCAAUUAACAACCUUUACCGAAAGGUUUCUUAGCUUGGAAGAGCAACGGAUUGAGAUUGACCGUCGCUACUGUGAGUUACAGGAGGUGAUGGUCAACUCACAAAGGGAGACCAACAGAAUGACAGCAGAGGGCCUGAUUGCCGUCGGGGAAGGUCUUAAAUUAUUAGCUGAAAAUUUAAAAAAAUAAAAUACUUUUAUACUUAAAUACAUUUAUUAGUUCUUAACUUAUUUUAGUAGUAAAAAAUUAUCUGUGGUUUUACUUAAGUAUAGUUUCUUAAUUUACUAACAUUAGUUUAUAAGCCCUAAUUGAGUUACUAACACCUAUGAAUAUAAUUUUCCGGAAUAAAUAAUUUGCAUUGAU